CCUCACCAGGUUGAUGGUGUGGUUGAGAUGUCUGAGAUUUGUGAUUGGGGACCAGGCCUUCUGCCUGCCUGCUUGCCCGACCGGUGACGCCUCCUUAAACGGCCUGUUCGUGAUUGUCACCUUCCUCCGCAACCAAGGCACCAAUGACACUCGCGGCAAGCUCACAAGAUGAGGUAAUGUACUUCAUGAAUUUUCCUCAUCUUCAAAUUCCAGAUCCGCCAUGAUUCCAACGCCAGUAAUGGAUUGUUGGUACCAUGCUGCGUCUCAGGCCGACCACCAUCUCCUUGACUCGCACCGACGUAACUGAGGUGAUAAACCGCCGUCGGUUCCGCAGGUUUCUCGAAUGCGAUGACUAUGAAGCGUGUGCUGCCCUGUCCCGAGCUGAUACCGAUGCCAUCUGCAUCACCAGCCCACCCAACAAGUCCUCGUCGUUGCGAACCGCCAAAGCAACAGCAGAAGCGUAUGCCGGCCCGAGAAGCAGUUCACCCUCCCCAGCAUACAACCGAGUGCGUCCUUUAGGAGCCGACCUAACACUGCUGCUGCCCUCUGAGAAGCCGUUCGACGAAGGCAGCUGUCCGCCUGGUACGUCGGGUGGCGGACAGGGGCGCGGUGCGGGUGUUGGAGAUCAUCAGAAACAAGACUCUGCUCCGACACUAGAGCUGUGCAUCCGGCCAAAGCGAACAGCAAUUUCCAACGCAGACAUGGAUCCGGACGGGAUGACGGAUUCACCCCACUUGCCCGAGAAUCCCAGAAACACUGCGCGCAGCAGUCUACUCGUCGGCGACUGGGCAUCUCCGGUAUGCGUACCAGAUUCGCGUCCGGCUUCGGGAGGGAUGGCAGGUGCCGAAUGGAAGAACAAGGCAGGGCCCUCCACGCCGCAGCGCACCACAUCCUUGGGGUCAACUGCAAGUUUUCUGACAGGCGCUGUUCGGUCUGCGCCGCCUUCACCGGAGCCAUUCGAGAACUCGAGAUUUGGUCAACUUGAUGGCAGCCAGUCGGACGGUUGGUCACCCACACCUAGGUUCCGACCCUCCGGGCGACUGCGGGUCUACAACGAUUUUCUGCCAGCUGCGUCGCAACCCCAGACGCCGCAGAACCUAGCUGAAGCCCGUCAUCAAAGCCGUCUGCAUGGCGCAUACACUGCCCCGGCCCGGCGCUCCUCGCCGCAACCCAUUCAGACCCCGACGACGACACGUCCACGCCGUGGAUUUGGACCGCGGAGGGAGCUGAGCCCGCCAGGAUUACAGACGCCGGGUUUCAUGGGGCUGUAUGGCGGCAUGGAGAACAUGGAUGAUGCGGCCUCGUUAAUGGAGGAGACAGCAGAAGAAUCGGCCUGAUGCUGGGUAGGGUCCUCUAGGGCCAGCAGCCCCGCAUAGUAGUUGUCGAUUAGAAUACUGGGACUUGAUGAGGUGACAGCAGUGCUCGGAACACCUCCAGC